GUCAAAGACGUCGACCGGUUGGCUCAAAAAUUUAAAUGCAUUUUGUAUAAAAUUGUUGGGCACCCGUGCGGCGGGUUUAGUUCCUCACCGAAUGUAAACGCAACUAGUCACAACCAAAGUGAACGGUACGUACUUACGAACACACACACACACACACUCGCACGAGUGAUAGCUCGCGUUGGCGAAUUGAAAUUGAAACUAAGGCAACAACAAAGGCAGCAAUCAAAUAUUUUAUUAAUUUAUUAGUGAACGUAGCAGAAAUCGAACGCGCGGCUUUGAAACAAAAAAACUCGAAAGCGUUUUAGAAUAAUUUUACGAGUAGCCGCAGCGGCUAUGAGAUCGUUAACCAUUUGUUUGUUGACGGUUGACAGUGGUUGGUGGUAAUUGACUAGACUACGACCGAAGAACGGGAAAGAAAAUAACAAGGAAAACCAGAAAAUUACAAAAAAGCCGCGCCGCUGAAAGUGAAUUCACAGCUGGUUGAACUAAAAGAAAAAAAGAUAAACCAAACUGGUUGGGCAUAAAUUGAAAAUUCAUACGGUGCUGCGAGCCGAGCAUACACGCGAGCGAGUUUCAAGAAACAAAUCAAUACCGCGCUAAUCGCAGAAACGAAACGACGCGAAUAACGACAUUCCAUCGAAAGGGAAAACAUUCAAAAAAAUUAUAUAUAUAAGUAAAAUAAAAAUCGCAAAAUUCCAAAAACCUCUAAAAAAAAAACACGUGGAUAAAUAUGCUAACAUUACACGCCCUAAGCGGAUAUAGGCUGCCCUGUGUGUUGGCGGUAUUGCUAUAUUUCAGCAUGCCAGCCGCCCAAACAGCGCCAUCGAGUGAACUCACAGCGGUUGCGGAAGGAUUAGCAGCUACGUUGGAGAUAAGCAAACUUAGUUCGGAGUCCGCGAACAGCAUAUCCACUGACUUCUCCGCAGCAAACGUGGAGAACGCGCAGCCAUAUGCCACAACUGAGGUGGACACCGAAGCCGAGCUGGCGCCCACAUCACUGCCCCUGACAAGCGAGGAAAUAGCGCUGGCCGAAGUGGCAGCGGUUGUGGCGGAGCUGACAACAGCGACAGCUGCCGAUAUUAAGGCGCAAGAGCAAGCGUCAGAUGAGGAGAGACAGUGGCAGGUGAGAAGGAGAGCUGACGAGGCUAAGCGGCAAGCGAUCGAACGCGAAAUCGCUAGCGCCGUGGAAAUGCUGGAAGACGAGAAGGAUAGCGGUGCUGUCUCAACACUUACGACUAGCUUUGCGGAUGUAAUUGGAACAACCACAACAGCACAGCCAACAACUGCCGCUCCAACAACUACCGUUGGUCCGGCAAUUUUGAAUGAAUUAGUGAGAGCGGCAGCCGCGUCGAAUGAGAUCUUGGCAGCUGCUUUAAAUGCGGCGACAAUGGCAGGCACAAAUAUCACCAUCGCAACAACAGCCGAUGUGGCUAGUGCAGAUACAACAACAACACCGAAACCAGACAGAGCAACAAACACCGAAUUGGCGAUUGGUGAUGAUCUGUUGGCGGUGAGUGACAGUGAAACGCUGCCGGAAGGCGAAGUCGCCUGGCAGCCAAGCGAAAUUGAGACAACAAGCAUAGCAACAACAACAAAAAAAGCAAUAAUGAAUAUCGAGACGGCAGAUGCUGCAACUACCACACCAAUAACAACAAUAGCAUCGGAAACCACGCACAGCGAACCAACGCCCAACGCAAAUAUUUCAAAUGAAAUUAACGGUGAUAAUUUGUUGGAUAAAUCGUUGGAAAGUGAAGGUUGGCGCGAGGCAGUGACCAAUAGCCCACAGCAAUUAGUAGUAACUGUAAGGCCAAAAGUGUCAGCGGAACCAACUAUUACUACAUUGGUCACUGAAGGCACUACCGAAACGCUAGAAGCUCAGAGCAACACAGAGACGGUUUCCUCUUUGGAUUCAGCAGCGUUACUUGAACAUUUCAAUAAAAGCCCAGACAGCGAAGAAACCAAGCAUUCAAUGGAAUCAGUAGAUCACGAGGGUGCAGAGUCCAAGAAAGUAAUAAGAACGAAAGAGGCUGAAGAAUCAACCGAAACUACGCCACCCACAGCCGAAAAUGAAGUCGAAGGAGAAACUAAAGACUUACCUAUGGCAGUCUUAGCUGCUACAAAUGCCCGCCAGGUUGCAGAAACAGCAGCAGAUGCAGCGAUUAAUGAUGAAGCAACGCAGCAAGCAACAAGUAAUAAAAACGAACGAAAACAUAGCUCAACAAGCGAACCUAUUCCGGUUGAGAACUCCAUAAGAGCUGAAGAAUUUGAAAUUGCAAAAGUUGAGGAAGUGAAGCGAGCAAAUUUGCGAGGAGAAAGUAACCAGCCGAACGCGGUAGAGAAUGAGAUAACAACAACACCAAACUCUCAAGCAUAUCUCACGCCAGAUACUACAGAUCCACUAGAAACGCUAAUAGCAGUUGAAAGUGAAGCCCGCGCACCAAAUAAAUAUCUUAACGCUAUACGCGAAGAAGUAGGAGAUGAGACUGUAGCAACAACAAAUGCAGUACCAGAAGCGAUAACAACUGCCGAAUACAAUUCAGCUGAGGUGGCAGCAGAUACUGCAACAACAACUCCCGAAUCAACACUAGUAGAAGAAAAGUUUGCAGCUGAGUCAACAAUGAGUCCAGCAGUUGCUGUGACAACUAUAACGCCAGUUGAAGACACCAUUACAAAAGCCCCCAUAGAGCAAAAUGUGGCUAAUGAAAGCCAAAAGGAAACCGAAAAUGAUCCUAAAGCAAUAAUAUCUACAAGUACAAUAACAAAUACAGACGAAGAAACAACAGCCGCGAUUUCGAACGGUGAUUCCUUGGUAACAACAACUACAAGCAAAACAACAACAGAAGCGGCAGUAGCUGAAAAAGAGCUUACAAAGGACCAAAGAAUAGAUAUUCAGGAAGGGUUAGCAAAAACAACUGAAAUGAUAACGAAAGACGAAGAGACAUCACAAACCUGGGCAAGAGCAACAGAAAGUACAAGUGAUCCUGAAGCAAUAGUUUCGGUAACAGAACCUACGGUAACAUAUCUCGAGGAACGAGUUCAAGGAGAUAUUGUGCCCGCUACCGAAUCUGUCCGCAGCUCAACAGAUGUGCCACUGGCGGCGUUUACAACAAUGCCACACUCGACAGAGGAGCUCUUGCACGCCGAGGCAACCACCGAAAAAGGUGAUUUGGGAACAAUUUCGUCUGGUGGCAGCAGAGAAAAGGUACGGGAAUCAACGACCUUGAAUAGUAAUACAGCAGAAAAUGCACCUGCUGAGCCCACUGAUUUACCAGAAACGUCUGCGGUUGAAAGUGAGAGUAUACUUUCAGAAACAACGGCGGCAACAAAAGCUACCGAGCUGCCGGAAAGCACAACGGCAGCAGGUGAGGAAAUUUCGGCAGUCGCAGAAGCAGGCUUACCAGCAACAACUACAACAAAAAUAGAAACAGAAACGGAAACGCUUGCAGCAACUGAGCAGCUAGAAGCAGAGCUAGGAACGACAACAGAAGCAGCACUAGCAGAGCAGCCACUCUACAGGCGCACUUUGGACGCGCAGCGACAUGGAGGGAGCGAGUACGCCAGCGCAACGGAACUAACAAAUGUCGUGUCGGUGGCAGUCGCUGAAACAACUGAAGCAACAACAACUGUAGGCACAACGGAAGUAGGAACAACUAUCGCAGCAAUAACAACAACGACAACAACAGCAGGCGCAGAUGCCGCGGGGUCAACUUUUGCUGUUGCAACAACAAAUGCUUCUGUGGCAGAUACUACAACAACAACAAAAAUAUCUGAGCCAGAAACUACAACAACCACAACGACAACGACAAAAACGCCUGCGCUAGAAACAACAACAACAACAACGGCUGAACCAGAAACUACAACAACCACAACGACAACAGCGCCUGCGCCAGAAACUACAACAACCAAAACGACAACAACGCCUGCGCCAGAAACUACAACAACCACAACGACAAGGACAACAACGUCUGCGCCAGAAACUACAACAACAAUAACCACAACCUUGUCGCCAAUGAGUCUAAUCAUUGCCGAGCAUGAAGCGCGAUCCCUCGAGCGAACCCCACCGCGCGUCAGUCGCAUUGUCAGCGACGAUGGCGUCGAAGUGCUAUCCGGUUACUCGAUUGUACAUCACAUGCAUGCGGCAGCCAUGGCGGCGUUAGCUGCUGCAGCAGCGUAGGUACGCCAAACAUGGAAAGACUGAUCCAGGCUGGAUUUAGGUUAUCGACAGUUUAAUUUGUUUUUUUUUUUUGUUUUUACCCAUCAAGCUGUUAGUAAUCAGCCGAAACAGGACAAUUCGAAAAUAGCCAAUAUUCACAAAAGUACACAUGCAUCACUACAGUGUGAUUCAUUGCCAUAGUAACAACAACAACAACAACAACAGUCAAAGCGGAUUUCGCUAAAACCUGUGGUACCACAUUCAUAUUUUUUAUACUAAGUAAACGAAAUCAAAAAAUUUUAUUUAAGAUGUUUUCAUGCAAAAUGUGAUACCCCAAAAAAAAAAUUGCAUGCUAUACUCGUACAUACAUAUAUAAUUACUGAAAUACAUAAAAGCAUUUUUUUUUUUGUCAAAGCAUAAAAGCAAAUAUCCCAAGCAAUCAAUGAGGCAGUAGGAGCAGUUGCCAUUGUUGUUGAUUUUAAAACGCAAAGAAAAAUAUGACCAAAAAAGAAGAAGAAGAACAACAACAACAGCUUCAAUGGCAGUUGCUAAAAUUAAAAAGGAAGUGUCUACACAAGAAACUAGUUUGCUUCCAUAAAUUAUUGAUAAUAUUACUAAAUUAAAAGAUUU